AUGGCUUUGGAGAAAGGCUUCCCUCCAGAGCUACAGCGGAACCACAACGGAUAUGUUAGCGGUCUCUUCGUCCGACCUUCUCUGGCAGAAAACCCAACGCAUCCUUUGUCCUUGAGGCAGGAGAACAUCGUCAAAGUGUGGCUGCCCUUCCUGGCGAACAACCGUACCUCAAUUGUGAGGACGAAGCCAUCGCAGGAGACGUACCUCGACUCGCUCGGGGGCCGCCUGGGAGCGCCCUAUGAUGACACUUUCUUCUUGGAUGACACCACGGUCAUCCCGCAAGCCCAGCAGGAGGAUAUUCCGAAGGUGAAGGAGCUUCCGGCGAGAGGGAAUGUUCUGACGAUCGUGCUUCCCAUUCCCACGUCGCAGGUUGAGGUCCAUCAGCACAUCAACGACAUCGUGUUUCUCGGCUGCGAGUUUGUGCCACAGGCUGCCGAGACAGAUGGCCGAGUUCCUUGCGUGUUCGCAAAGGGCGGGCCGCGCCUCGACGUGUACGGCACGAAUAUCACCCGCAAGAACGAUACCGCGAUUCCGGCCGGGACUGCCGCAAAGCUGAAGAAGAUGGGUCUCGAGAGCACCGGCGCGGGCAAGAAGGUGGGCCGAACAGAGCUCAUGAACCUCAAGCUUCGCAUCAGUAGCGCAAGCUCAGUGUGGAAGAAAACAAGAAAGCCGGCCGGCAAGAAAGUGCGGAAGUUCCAACAACAUGACAUGCGAUACGAUAAGGUAAGAGAGCAAGGCUUGACAUAA